AAUGUUCAUAGUGGCGGCACCAUUUUUGGUGCUAUUUUCACCGAUAUGUCAUCGUGACGAACUGUCAUCGAAGUGACAACAAAAAACUAGAAAGUUGGUUAUUAAACCAAAUCCCCUUAAUUUAACUCACGUUUCGUGCAAAUAAUUUAAUAAUCAAAGUGGGUGACUAGCAAUGGAGUGCCCCAAUCAGUAAUUUCCCCACUUUGUUGACUUCAACAUAACCCUACUUUCGCCAUGUCUGUGCCCAACUUGACCAACAACCUAAUCCAGCCACAGAACAUCGUAAUCAACCAAGUGCCCAUCCCUCACACCAUCAUGACGAACGUCAAUGCAAACAACGGAAUUCCGCUCACUGCCCUAUCGCACGCCCCUGCUUCAGUCGACCAGUCAAGCGACAUGAAGCCUGGCAUAGUCGUGGAGACGAUCCCCAUGGCGGGGGCAAGCCUCGUCGGCGUCCAGACCAUGCAAACCCCAAUCAAGACCAUCCAGGGUUCGGACCAUGCCCAAAUCUUGACAAAACAGCGACUCCAAGACCUGGUGCGCGACACCGACUCCACUCUCAACCUCGAGGACGAGGUCGAGGAAAUUAUUCUGAACUACGUGGACGAGUUUGUGGACCGGUGCCUCAACGGGGCCGCCCUCAUUGCGAAAAACCGGCGCGUCAACACGAUCGAAGUCAAGGAUGUUCAGCAGUUUUUGAAUAGGAAUUACAAUAUGUGGACCCCCGGGUUCGGAACGGACGAGCUGAGGCCGUACAAGAGGAGUCUGACGACGGAGGCGCACAAGCAGCGCCUGGCGUUGAUCAGAAAGACGUUGAAGAAAUAUUAAGAUUGUUUAUUUUUUUUUUGUAAAUAAAAGACGGUUCACAGUCAGAA